AUGGCAACUCUUCUCAACCGCCCUCCUCAUCUCGCCAAAACCCUAAACCCUCAAUCCCAAUCCCACCCUAAAACCCCAGCGUUGCUACUUCCAUUUCCAUCUGCAUCCCCAUCUUUCAUUCCGUGUACCCUUCCGCACCAGAGACCUACAACAACAACUCAUUUGUCUAGAAUCCAUCCAGUGAAGGCUCAGUCCGAGUUCUCUUCUAGGAGGAGCAACAGCAAUAAUGAGCCCAGAGAGACUAUUAUGUUGCCUGGUUGUGACUAUAAUCAUUGGCUCAUUGUCAUGGAGUUCCCCAAAGACCCUGCUCCUACUCGUGACCAAAUGAUUGAUACUUAUCUUCAAACUCUCGCCACUGUUCUCGGCAGUAUGGAAGAAGCAAAGAAGAACAUGUAUGCGUUUAGUACAACCACAUAUACUGGAUUUCAAUGCACCGUUGACGAAGAAACAUCAGAGAAGUUCAAAGGGUUACCUGGAGUAUUGUGGGUCCUUCCAGAUUCUUACAUAGAUGUCAAGAACAAAGAUUAUGGAGGUGAUAAAUAUGUUAACGGGGAGAUAAUACCUUGCAAGUAUCCUACUUAUCAGCCAAAACAGACACCCAGAUCCAAAUAUAAGAGCAAAGCAUACGUGAGGCAAAGAGAUGGUCCUCCACCAGAGAAAAGAAAACCAAGAGAAGGGGCUAUCUCCGAAACUGCCACAUCAUGA